UCUUCCACACGCCAACUGUCAUCACAAAAACCGAAUUGCUAGAAAUUGCUACGAAACAACAAAUUAUAAAAUCUUCCGAAAGGCGAACAAACGCAGUUUAUAAGAGCUAAACUCACACGAAAAUUAGGGGAACUCCAAUCCCAAACUAAAAACACUUACCAGAGGAAAUCAAUUGCACUCCACGCGAAUUUCACCACAACAACACAAUGUUGCUGCGUCUGGCACUUUCCGCCGCCCGCCCCGCCGGGAGUCUCAAAAUCCUGAGCCAAUCUCCGGCGCAGUUGCUGCGGGCCAACCCGAACAUCUCCGUGGUCCGCACCUACGCCCGCGGGCCUGUGCGCACCCGUGCUCCCGUCGAGCAACAGACACUGCGGGCUCCCUCGCUCAAGGAGAAGCUGAUGGGUCCGCCGAGCGCCAAUGCCUACUCCAUGGGCAAGGGCGCCGCCGCUGGAGCAGCCGCCGUGGGACUGGGCGCAUUGGCCUACUACGGCGUGGGUCUGGGCAAAAGCACCAGCAUUGCUGACAACGCUAUCAUGUGGCCCCAGUAUGUGAGGGACCGUAUCCAGAGCACCUAUGCCUUUUUCGGCGGCUCCUGUGUCCUGACCGCCGCCGCCGCAGCAGCUACCUUCCGUUCGCACCGUCUCUUGGAGCUGGCCUCCCGCGGUGGCCUCCUGGCGACCAUUGCUUCGCUGGCGCUGGUCAUCGGCAGCGGUGCCGUGGCCCGCUCCAUUGAGUACCAGCCGGGCCUGGGAGCCAAGCACCUCGCCUGGGCGGUGCACUGCGCCAUUCUGGGCGCCGUGAUCGCACCCAUCUGCUUCGCGGGCGGACCAAUCCUCACGCGCGCUGCCCUCUACACGGGCGGCAUUGUCGGUGGCCUGUCCACGAUCGCCGCGUGUGCCCCCAGCGACAAGUUCCUCUACAUGGGUGGCCCACUGGCCAUCGGCCUGGGCGUGGUCUUCGCCUCCUCGCUGGCCUCCAUGUGGCUGCCGCCGACCACGGCGCUCGGAGCGGGUCUGGCCUCCAUGUCCUUGUACGGCGGUCUCGUCCUGUUCAGUGGAUUCCUGCUCUACGACACCCAGCGAAUGGUGCGUCGUGCUGAGAUCCAUCCCCAGUACAGCUACACUCCCUUCGAUCCCAUCAACGCCUCUAUGUCGAUCUAUAUGGAUGUGCUGAACAUUUUCAUCCGCAUCGUCACCAUUCUGAGUGGCGGUCAACGCAGGAAGUGAGCACUGAACAAUGUCAUGUGAUGCAAGGAUAAUACCUUUGGAUGUAUAUUUAUACUGUUGUUAAAAUAAAAAGAUCGAGUUAAUAAGCAAAA